AUGUCCGGCGGAGAUGUGACCCCAACCCCUGGGGUUGGUGGCAGUAAUGCCAGCGAAUUUGUUCGCAAGCUGUAUCGAAUGCUUGAGGAUCCAGCCCAUCAAGAUGUUGCUCGAUGGGGCAAGGACGGCGAUACAUUUGUGGUUGUCGAGAAUGAAAAAUUCACUCGUUCCAUUCUUCCCAAGCAUUUCAAGCACAGCAACAUGGCGAGCUUUGUCCGCCAGCUGAACAAGUACGAUUUUCACAAAGUCCGGCAGACGAAUGACAGCGGAUCCGCCUCAAAUGGCGCCAACACGCUCGAGUUUAAGCAUCCCAACUUUAGAGUCGGCAGCAAAGAUGACCUGGAUAACAUCCGCCGAAAAGCGCCAGCUCCUCGUAGGACCCAGGCGACGGAGGAUUUCACAACUAGCCACCACAUCAGUGUUAUGAAUGAGCAACUCACGGCCACGCAGCAACAAGUGCAGCAGCUCCAGGAACUCUUUACCGAGGUCUCCCAGACCAACCGACUGCUUGUAAACGAGGUCUUGACGCUGCAAAAGAUGCUGAACGCGCAGAAGCAGUCUCAGUACGAGAUGCUCAACUUCCUCUCCACCUCUGGCAAUCGCCACCAGCAGCAGUCGAUGCACCUCAACGUUGGCACCUCACCUCUGGAUGGCUCAGAUGAGUCGGCGCCUGAGCUGCGACGAGCCCGUGAGCUCCUGUCCAGCGUCACACCGGAUCAGAUUGCUGACCGAGAGCUUGAGCGUCUCCAGGGCGUGUAUGGAUCUCCGGCUGACUCGGCGGUUGUGAUUCCGCAGGCGUCCAUGCCCAUGAUGCACGAUCCCAUGAACGAUAUCAACCGAUAUCCCGUGUACCCUGUCGGCCAGACGGUCGGCAUUGACCCCUUCCACUCGGAUCACAUCCACAAGAUCCCCUACGCGAUCCCCAAUGAUUCGAGCGGCAAUGCCAUGCAGGAAGUGCCCGCUCCCCAACCCAUCAGCGCUCAGUCCCAAACAAGCUCCAACUCUUCUAGCAACUCUGCCUUGAUGUGGGCGUCGAGGAAGCCACGGAUUCUCCUCGUCGAGGACGACCCGACCUGCGCCAAGAUUGGUAUCAAGUUCCUCAAGUCGAUGGGAUGUGAAGUCGAGCAUGCUCAAAACGGUGCCGAGGCGUAUAGCAGGGUUACCAGUGUUGGCCGCGAUCAUUUCGACAUGAUCUUUAUGGAUAUCAUCAUGCCCAGACUGGACGGUGUUUCGACAACCAUGUACAUUCGACAGGACUGCCCGGCGAUUCCCAUCGUAGCUAUGACUUCCAACAUUCGGUCAGACGAAGUCCACUGCUAUUUCGAGCAUGGCAUGAACGGAGUUUUGGCCAAGCCAUUCACCAAGAGUGGGAUGCAGAAGAUUGUCGAGAAUCACUUGAGCUAUCUCCUCAAGAAUUACGACCCUUCAACCCAACAAGAGUCCGGCUCGGGAUACGUGGUGGGCGGUGCAGGAUACAUGAACCCUCCCAAUAACCUGACGACGCCCGGCGGAACAACGUUCAAGUUCGAGACAACUCCCACGCCCCCUGCGACCGGCUCGACGUGGUCGCCCGGACAGAUGCCUCAGGCUUCGCCUAUGACGACAGGAAUGGAUCAGGGAUACGGCAUGGUGAACGGAGCCAACUACGGCCUGACACCGGCCAGCGCAACCCGAGCCAACUUUCCUGGAGGCAUCUCGCAAGGCGCGCCGAGCCAGGGGCGCAUGGAUGGCCAAAGUCCGCCAGAAAAGCGACAGCGCACCUACGUGUAA